AUGGCCUCGUGGAAGACCAACUUAAAAGACGUGCACAGCUGCCUUGGUACUAUUCUUCAUUUGCUGAACGAAGAACAUACGCCAGAAGAGAAUUCUCAAGCAGGAAUUUCUUCAGAUAAACAAUCGGAAGAACAUCAUGAUGAAAACGGAAACAAUGAUUCACUGUUGGCUCCUGAUUUCGACAAUUCAUUGGAUGCUGGCAUCUAUGCAGGAGAUCGUCACUUCAUGAACUCAUCCCAAUUAAACGUAUCCAAUUCCUCUCUAUCAGUCCAAAGCAAUGCGUCCGAGCACGAUGAAGAAGUGGUUGUUAAUAGUGAACCCAAGCAAGCGAGUCAUCAGAUUGUCAUAAUUUCUGCAAACUGGAAUAAUCGCGAAAACAGUCCAACGUGUAGCAACUCGACCAGAAACGGCGAGAUGGAUAACCUCCCGCACAAUAAUGAAAUGCCAGAUUGGGCUUCCAAUGCCAUCAAAGGAGAAUCCAACAUUGUUGAUUUUCCGGGUGUUCCAAUUGGUAUGAACCUCUACCAUGUCAAAACUUCUCCACCAACCAGCCCACCAAGACGUCGAUUCCCAGCCCCACAAUAUGCCAUCCCACCACGUGCCAGUGAUCCAAGUCUUUUCCAUAUAAACGCAUUCGAAUCUCCACCAGUAAGCCCAGGACGUCAAUUUGAGGAUUACGAAUACAACAUGCGUCCAGAUCCAAACGGAUUGAUUCCAGAUUUUCUUGAAAUUCAUGACCCAGUUCAUGAAAUUCAGGAGCACAACAAUUUGGACGGGCGAGUGUGUCAUCUGCCAUUGUGCAAUUCGUUCCAUCACUAUCUAAAAACCGCUACAGAUAAUGCUCAGGAUAAAAAGAAUAUUCUGAAGGAGCUAUUUCAUCAUGCUGACAGCAUAAUGCACAACGUUUUGGGAACCUGCCCGUUGGAGAUAAGAACGGAGCUCGCAGAUCUCACCACAUCUACAUAUCUGAUCAAUCAAUCCCUCGAGCGUACUACAAGCAUGGAAUCAUUUGCGGCAAAUUCUGAAAUUGCAAAGUGCCUCGUACUGAAAGUCAGGAAUGCGAUUGAAAAAAAUUUAUAA